CGGCUGGACAGCCCGCCAGCGGCAUCAAGUGGACGAAUGCUCGCCACGCGCAAGCUUUAGUUUUGCAAUUUAACGUACCACAUGCGGAUGGCUGCAGCAUAAUAAACGAAACAUGGGCUGCACCAGCAGCGCUCCAAAUAAUCCCCCAUCGCAUACUGACUCAGAAAAAGAUUUGUCAAUGACAGAAGAUAUACACGAGGAGACGGAGAAACAACCAAAUGAAGUAAUUCGUCACAAAGAGACAGAAAUUAAUGGAAUAAAGGUGCUUCCUACGUGUGAUACAUUAGACGAGCCUACUCAAUUAGAUAGAAAUAAUAAAACAUUUGUAGAUAUGUCGUCGCCGGAGCCUGAACAAGACAUAGGACCGAAUCAACAUUUUUUGAAAAGUGAUGAAGAUAGUGUACAUAAUUCGCCAGGGAUGAAAAUUUCACAAUCAGAAGAAAAACUCUCAACUAUGGAAGAAGUUGUCGAGAAAGUAGUAGAAUUGUAUGUUGAAAAUACUUGGGAGAAAUCUCAAGACGAAUUUACGAAAACAGAAGACAAGACCGUGACCACGGAAAAAGAAAAUAAAGUAAUUCCUGUAGCAGCACAACCACCAGACGUUGAAGAAAAUGAAACAGAUGAAUCUAAAGAGAUCCUUGGGGAGGUGAUAAGCCCCGUUCAAUCGCCAAGCAGUCGCGCGACGCGGUGGGAAGCGCUAGCAGACAUUGCGGCAGAGCUCCCACCUUCGCUCACCGUCGAUCCUCUCACUGGACAGAUAUAUGCGGUCUCCAAAUGAAAAAAAAAAAUAGGAAUAUUUAUUCUAAUACGUUACAGUCCUUUACGUCCAAAAUGUCAUUUCGUGUUAUUUUUUCACAAUUAUACAUCUAUAUAACAGGUUGGCUGAGUAUUAAAUCUUAUUUUUGAAAAUUGAUUAUAACAAUUAUUACUCGUAAUCUCAUUA